ACGCGGCGCAGGCGCAUGAGCCUCAGGAUGCACUCGGGUUCCCAGCGUGCUUUACGGCGCUCGGCUCUUCUCAGAUCCUCGUUAUGGUGGCCGCGGGUGCUGGGGCUGCACGGCUGCUCGUGCUCUUGCUGAUAGCCGCCGCGGCUCCAAGUAGGGCCCGAGGCAGCGGCUGCCGGGUCGGGUCCGCCGCGCGCGGGGCUGGGGCUGAUGGUCGUGAAGGUGAGGGCUGUGGUACUGUGGGAUUGCUGCUGGAACAUUCAUUUGAGAUUGGUGAUGGAGCCAACUUCCAGAAGCGUGGCUCAUUACUCUGGAACCAGCAGGAUGGUACCUUGUCGGCAACACAACGACAACUCAGUGAGGAGGAGCGAGGCCGGCUCCGGGAUGUGGCUGCCGUCAAUGGCCUCUACAGGGUCCGGGUCCCCAGGCGGCCUGGGGUACUUGAUGGUUCAGAAGCUGGCGGCUAUGUGUCUUCCUUUGUCCCAGCGUGCUCCCUGGUGGAGUCUCACCUCUCAGACCAGCUGACCUUGCACGUGGAUGUGGCUGGCAACGUGGUGGGACUGUCAGUGGUUGCUUACCCUGGGGGCUGCCGGGGCUCUGAGGUGGAAGAUGAGGACCUGGAGCUGUUCAAUACGUCUGUGCAGCUGCGGCCUCCAGGCACCGCACCAGGCCCUGAGACUGCGGCCUUCAUUGAGCGCCUGGAGAUGGAGCAGGCCCAGAAGGCCAAGAACCCUCAGGAGCAGAAGUCCUUCUUUGCCAAAUACUGGCACCUCAUCCUGGGGGGGGCCGUGUUGCUCACAGCCCUGCGUCCUGCUGCCCCAGGGCCUGCACCAGCGCCAGCGGAGGCCUAAUGGAUGUACAUCAUUCCAGUUGUGCUGUUCCUCAUGAUGUCUGGAGCACCGGACGCCGGGGGCCAGGGCGGCGGUGGGGGUGGGGGCAGCGGCCGGUGAGAAGCUGUACCACCUAGAGUCCUCCAGAGCUUCCUGUCCUUGGCCAGUCCAAGGAGUUCCUGUCCCUGUGUCUCCCUAUUGCAUGAACGUGGAAGGCUCUCCCUUCUCAGGAGCCCACAGCCUUCUUGCAGGUCCUUCAUUCUCUCUCUGAGCCUCUCUUUUGAGAGCCAGGGUGCACCUCCCUGUAGCCACUUCAGGCCCACCAGCUUUCCUGGGUGUUGUGCUACUAUGUCCUGCCAUGUGGCACUGUUCCCUUGCUAAACAUGCUCUAGCCCCGCCCAACCCCACUCCACCAUGCAGUUUGGGAACAUGCCUGGUUCUCUCCAGCCUCUGUGCCUUUGUCCCCAUCCCCAUGCACUCCUCACUGUCACACUUAGGCUCCUGCUGCUGGUGGCUGGGUCUACCUGCCAGUGUGUUGAACCUCCAGCCACUUUCCAUGUGGCAUGCUUUGCUCUCUGCCCCAGAACACCAUGGUGACUUCCAGCAUCGUCCUUCCUGUCUGAGGACAGCAGCAGGAGAGGAUUGGGGGGCUCCCCGUUAGUCUGUCAUUCUCGCCAUUUGUGUGCGUGUUUCGGAGAGCCAGGCUUGAGUGUGGCUGCUGCUGACCUCAGCUGUGUUGUAUGGCUGUUGAUUAAACUGUCCCCUGAACAGCCACCAUUCAGCUCGCUUCUGCUUUUUGCCUGGUUUGUGUUUGAAUGGCUUCCUUAGGACGCUCAGAGUGAUGCCUGGGGCAGAUUAAAGUUCCUGUGAGCAGGAACACCUUCUGAACUGCUGGAAGAGGCUGGUUCCUGACCCCCUGGUGCAUUUGUUCGUUCCCUUCCCAGCACGUGCACACUUGCUGGCCCAGCAGCUGCACAUGUUCCUAUCGUCUCCCUCAUCCUCACAUAAGGAUUGCACCGGGACCUGGCCCUCACUGGAUGGGCUUGUGUGUUGGUACAUGGGUAUCAGUUAGAAUCCCAGCAUUCAGUAGGCUAAGGCCGCCUAAGCUACAUAGUGACUUUAAGGCUAGCCUGGGCUAUAUAGCAAGCCCCUCCAUGAAGAAGCUGUGGGUUCAAUCCCAGCAGUGCAUACGCCAGCUGUGCAUGGUGGCGCAUACUCAGGAGCAGCGCUCAGACUGAGCCAGGAGGAUCAGAAGUUCAAGGUGUUGCUUGACUAUUUAGCGGGUUUGAGGUCAGCCUGGGCUACUAGACACUUCCCUCACAAUACAAAUCACAAAACCAGUUCUCUGUGCAGUGACUGCAGGUUAACCUGGAGUUGGAGUUGCAUUUGUGCUGCGGCAGUACACCACCCGACGGGAGCAGCAGAUGGCAGGAAAGACUGAUCGGGCUUGUGGGUGCAGAGGGUUUGGCUCAUCCUCGUGGGGUUGGCCUGCUAGGGCUGCUGCUCAGUUCAUGCCGGCCAGGUUGUGAUACUGCUGAUACCAGGGCAGACGGGAAGCAGCGGUCUGGUCAGGCAGCACCUUUGCAGGCCAGCCCUCAAGGGCUACCCCCUACCAGCUGAGUCCCCGCCUGGGAAGGUUCGGAAGCCUCUCGGAACAGUGCUAGCUGGGACAUCACACCAUGACACAGUGCUCCCCAACAGGUCAUCCUCAGGGGUGGGCUUGGGAAGGCUGCAGUGCACCUGUCACACCUGCCGUCUCAGCAUCAGCUUGCAGUGGUGUGUUUCCUUCCUGGGCCUCCGUGCCCGCAGCCUCUUCUCUCUGGCCAGUGUGACUACUCAGACCCCUGCACGCCGUGGUGUGACAGAUGGCCUUGGUCCCAGGGCUUUGUCCAGUUCACGUCCCCUUGCUGCUGUGCAUGGAAUGGUGGCCUCACAUCUUGUCACCAACGUGGUGACCAGGAGGAUGGCCGCAGCAGAGGCUGUGCUCCCUGUCUCCUGUGCUGACCUCUUUCCUGAUUACUUCAGAGUGCAGACUGAUUUUUUUUCUGGAAUGUUUGCUAUGCAAAUCUCAACUGUUUGUCUAAAUUCAGGUGCUGCUUUCUGGGCUGGGGUGCAGCUUGGUGGUUAGAUGCUUGCCCAGUAUGUCUAAGGAAGACUCUGCGUUCCAUUUCCAUUACUGCCAAACAAUCCAGACUAUAUAAAGAACAACAACAACAACAAAAAUCAAAACAGCCUAAGGGGUAAAGGAGCUACUGGGAUGCACAGCCUGCCCUCAGGGUGAGGACAGUAAGGAUGGAGACUGUUCACAGGUCAGGGAAAUGAAGGCUGGGGUGUAGCUCAGAGUGCUUGCCCAUUACCCACGGGGCCCUGGGUUCAAACAGCAAAAGCUUCUGUUGAGAUUCUGGCUCACCCCAGCCAGUUAAAACAAGUACUGGUAAGGGUGUGUAUGACGCUGAACACUCAUGGCUUGUGGGGAUGCAAACCAUCUCAGCCACAGUGGACGUGGUCACAGAAGGUUCUUGAGACACUGGUGUUUGGUCUUCCACACUAGACAGGGCUGACCCAGCUCUGCCUCAUGGGCAUGGCCCUGGAAGUCACAAAGGAACUCCCACACAGUUGUGGAGUACGGGACUACCCUUGGUGUCCAGUGACAGCAAGGUGGGUGAAGAAAACAGAGACACAGUGGAGUUGUCUUCAGACAUACAGAAUGAAGCCAUGUUUACAGGAAAAUGGAUGCAACAGCCUGGCCGAGAAACACGGAAACGUAGCUUCUCAUUUGCAGUUUCUAAAAUUUAUAGAGGUGGUCGGGAGUGGAACUACGAAAGAGAGAAAACAGAACGGAUGGGAGAUGUGCUCUCUCAGUGUCCUUGGGUUUGCCUCGGUGGAGUGGCUUGGCAGCUAGCGGUGCCACUGAACCUGAAGGCCUGAGUCCAGUCCUGAGAUCGUGUGGUGGAAGUAGAUUAAUGGUUCUCAGGGUGUGGUGUGCGCUGACCUCCACAGAAGGUGUGUGUGUGUGUGUGUGUGUGUGUGUGAAUAAUGAAUUUUAAAAUGUGUGCGUGUACCAGAUGACUGAGGAGCACCUGCGUGUACCAGAUGACUGUCUGAGGAGCGCCUGCAUGUACCGGAUGACUGAGGAGCACCUGCAGAGCCAUCUUUAUACUUUAGAGGAUAGAGCUGUGACUAUAGCUGGUGGCUUUCCCUUCGCUGCAGGUUGUUUUCAACCAUUGGCUCCUGUGUUCUCACUGCUUAGUCCAUUAGGCUCCCUGGGCUCCAUCCUGGUAAACCCUCAGUUCUUGUGGGUCCCCAGAGAGCUCACUGUCCAGGAAUUUGGGUGUGGUAGCUCCACACAAAGCUUUCUGAUCUCCCAUCCCUGCUCCCCUGUCAAUGAAGACAGGAGAAAGCAGUCUGCAGGAUGUGUGACACAUGACACAUGCUGGAGAAGGCUCCAGCCUCCUUCCACCUAUAGCUUAUUUCGUUUUCAUUCAUAGUCAUCCAUGGGUCUUUGGUCGGCUUUUUUUUUUCUUUGUAACCGUACAUAUCUGCAGCUACGUAUCUGCCGGGUGACAUGUGGUGAGCUCUGGGCUUGCAUGUGCUCAUACGCAUUUUCUCUUGCGCUUUGAGCCCAUUGCUACUCUGCCUCAGCUACAUUCUCACCAGUGGCGCCAACAGUUUUGCUUCCCCGACAGCCCCUAGGCCCUCCAGACUGCAGCCUCAUCUGCCACCCAGCUCCCUGUGCCUCUGUCCCAGCACAGCGGCUUCUGGAUUGUUCUAGAAAUGCUGUCACUGGUCCAGCCUCAGGACCUGCAUCAGCUCCCACCCCACCAUUCCUGCCCCUCUAGGCUGCUCUAGAGGUAGCCCUGUGGCAGGACACCCAUCUGGAGCUUCAGUGUAGCCUUCACCCUGGCCUUUCCACACACUGUCCAUCCCAUCUUGGGCUCUGACACCAGAGCUGGCCCCAUUGCUGCCCUCUCAUGGCUUCCAGCAUCCACGGGACAAACAGCGCGCCCCUGGCCUGGCAUCUGAUGCCUGUAAUUAGUGCAUCUGGCCAUGCUUCUUAAACUGCAGCUUCAUCCCUCUGCUACCUCCUGCCACAGUCCCUAUGUCCACUUAUGCUCCCAUCUCAGCCCUUGAUCCUCUCCUAGACCCUCUCCAACUUGCUGGCUCAGGCCUAAGAUGAAGGCAGCUCAGGGGAACUCUCCUUUCCUUGCCCCAUCCUGGGAUACCCUUCUCUGUUUCCUAGAAAGCUCCCCCUUUCUGCCUUCUAGUCUCAGGCUGGCUCUUAACCUGUCCUCGGCGUCUUUAAUGUCGUGUGUGAUUCUGCUUCCCCAUUGUGGCACCUGGAAUUUUGGAGGCUUCUUAUCCUCCAGGGAAAUACUCUGACCAAAGCAGGGCCCGUUCUUGGGCUUCUAGCUGUUCCCCACGAUCCUGGCCAUUUUUUUAUGUCAACUUGACACAAGCUAGAGUCAUCUGAAAGGAAGAAACCUCAACUGAGAAAAUUCUCCAGCUGUAGGCUUUUUAUUUUUAUUUACUUUUUUUGAGACAGGGUUUCUGUGUGGAUUCCUGGUUGUCCUGGAACUCACUCUGUAGAACAGGCUGGCCUCGAGCUCAGAGAUCUGCCUUCCUCUGUUAAAUAUGUACGCCACCACCAGCUGGCUGCAUUUUCGUAGUCAUUGUGGGCUGGUGGUACUAGGUUCUGUCAGAAAGCAGGCUGAGCAAGCCAUGAUGUGCACACUAGUAAGCAGCCCACCCCCCCAUGGCCUCUGCAUCAGCUCCUGCCUCCAGGUUCCUGCCCUUUCCUGAGUUCCUCCAAUGAUGGACUACAAUGUGGAAGUGUAAACCAAAUAAACCCUUUCCU